AUGCCGUUGGAAGUAUGCAAUUUGGAUAAGCCGUUUAGGAGAUAUCACGUUUGUACUGAAGACUGGUCCACAGCCGGCCGAACGCACUCGGCCGGACAGGAAGGGAAUUGGCUUCGCUCGGCCUUCACCAGGACCGAUCCGGCCGCACGACCGCACCGUCCGACCCGGGAGGCAAUGGACCACGAUCGACCGAGAUCAUCACAUCACGGCCGACCCCGACGGCCGACCACAUGCCUUGCACGGUCGACCCGAUGUCCGCGAACAAGAAGCCCACUUAUGCAGUUUUGA